CAUAGCCCUCGAGGCUGACAGGACUUAGCUAUGGCUGCUAAAAAUUAUUCGUAAAAGAACAUGAUGCGCGUAUACGUACUAUCACUCGGAGCCGUCGUAGCACAAGGCUGCAAGUAAGUCGUCCUUUCAAAAAAAACAAUUUCAAAAGUCCGCAAGCUUUCAGCUUGUCUCGGACGUCUUUGUCUACCCACUCCGUCGCUUGAAGUCCUCAGUCGAUACGGUGACAUGUCGCAAAUCCCAAUGAAAUACACUACUCAACAACAAUCUCGGUUUGCACAUGAAUGCGCUAUAGGCGAUGUAUUCGGUCGUGCUCCAAUUUACGACCUUAUCUUCUCUUGCGUCUCGCCUCGCACGCUUGUGCGCACUGGCCGCAGUUGUCGCGCUGCGUACCAUGCCUCCAAGGAUUUUUCUCACCGCGCUUACAACAUACACCGGCAUCUUUCUCACUUUCUUUCCAAACCCCUCGCCUUUCGCAAUUUACAGGCGCGUACCGGGACGCUUAUAGCGGGCUCGAAUGCGCUUCAGUUUCUGGACAGGACGUUCUAUCCCGAAGCUGAUAUGGAUAUUUACGUGCAUCCAGGGCACGUGAGGGAAGUGUUGGACUAUCUUGUUGAAAGAGAAGGAUAUAAGUUUAAGCCAGACAAGACCCAACCUGAGGAUUACCGUGAAAUCGUCUCUGAUGAAUGGGACGGCACUCGAAUCCGUGCCCUGGCGCCUGACGAUGACGAGUUCUUACAGUACUACCAAAUCAAAGGAGUCCAAAAUGUACUUUCAGUCGAGAAACGCGGGCUGAGAGGUACUCUGAAGAUCCAACUUAUAGCAUGCGAGACGAGCCCAUUCGAGACCAUCGUUAAUUUCCAUUCCACCUGUGUUAUGAAUUUCAUAGCCUUCGACGCAGCCUAUUCUUUGUAUCCAGUGGCCACUUUCGAAGACAAGGAUACUCUCUCAAUUUGGAGGGCAAGGCCACUACACGACCUUACUGUCGUGAUCAAGUACGGCGAACGUGGCUUCAGAUGGCUUCCCACACUACCAAGCACUUCCACACAAACUUCCCCCUUCCACCCUUUCACAGACCGUACCGUCGGAGAUCAAUAUACAUGGAGGAUGUCUCUGGAUACUGAGGGAGUCGAUCUGCAUCCACAAAUGAACUCCUCUUCGUCCCUAAUACAGUGCGACCCUGUUAUCUACAAUGGCUGGUCUCUGGAGCACAUACACGACGGAAUGGGCACCAUCUACAAGACAAUCAAAUCGACGGUUUUCCGAUACAGCUACACUACCACCAACCGCAAGCUGCACUUCAAGCUGUGCUUGUUUGCAUUCGAACAGGGCUUUCUGAGUCGCAUACUCCUGCAAAAUAAUUUGCUGGAGAAAGAGAACUGGCCGUGGUUCGACGCUGAACUUGCCACCUUCUGGGAAAAUUUUGAACAUGAUUUUGUGUCCCUCAUUCCACGGGACUCUACUCAAUACUUAAUACAAGGUUUUUGCGCCCAGUAGUUCUGGCAUUACGAUAUGGUGUUGUUGAAGCUGAGCAGCCCAUCUUUUCCUAUUGCGCAACGUUCUAUUCCUGUAGCUGUUCAAAUCCUGUAGACUGUUCAACUCCUGUAAGACCUCAUUGUGUAUCACAUAGUACGCCGUUUAAAUUUUUUUCUUCUCAGAGGGCUGAAAUUUUCCUCGUUGUGACUCUAGAGUACAGAAUGAGAGAGACUGUCGUCAUUCG